CAUAUUAUCGGAAAAAAAAAAAAAAAAGAGCAUAGACAUAGAUAACAUGGCUGAAGCAUCUGUUGACCUCCCAGCAGAAAUAUUACUGUCCAAACGGGUCCAAGAAAUGGUCCUGGAUAAUAAGGAGCCACCUGCCCCAUAUAAAUGUAGGGAUGAUGCAGAUUCUGAAGAUGAUGAUCCCAUUUCCAUGUCUCCAAUCCCACUUAUUGAUCUCGGCUGUCUGUUAUUGUCAACUUCAGAGGUACCUGCACAAGAAAUUGUAGAAGUGCUGGAGAAAAUUAAUGCAGCUCUUUCUUCGUGGGGAUGCUUUCAGGCUAUAGGUCAUGGAAUUUCAAAUCUUUUGCUAGAUAAGGUGAGACAAAUUUCUAGAGAAUUUUUCGCACAGCCAAUGGAAGAAAAGAAAAAAUAUGCAAAAACAGUCGUAGACUUCGAGGGUUAUGGAGCUGACCCUGUCCCGGAAGAAGGUCAGUCCUUGGAUUGGUCGGAUCGGCUCUUUCUUAACGUGCAGCCCGAAGAUCAAAGAAACUAUAAAUUUUGGCCAAUGAAUCCAGAAUCUUUCAGAGAUGUUUUACUGGAGUACACUGAUGAGAUGAAAAGGGUAACAGAGCUCAUCUCCAGAGCGAUGGCAAAGUCAUUGAAUCUGGAUGAAAAUUGCUUUUUGAAACAGUUUGGCGAGCGAUCACAAUUACAAGCAAGGUUUAACUACUAUUCGCCUUGCAAAAGACCUGAUCUUGUGCUUGGUUUAAAACCCCAUUCGGAUGGAUCAGGAUAUACCAUUAUUAUGCAAGAUGAAGUAGGCCUCCAAGUUCUCAAAGAUGACAAAUGGUAUAAGAUUCCAAAAAAUCCCCAUGCCCCCCUUGUUCUUAUGGCUGAUCAAAUGGAGAUAAUGACCAAUGGAAUAUUCAAGAGCCCAGUGCAUAGAGUGUUGAGUAACUCGGAGAGGGAUAGGAUUUCUGUGGCUGUAUUUUAUACUCCUGAGGUAGGAAAAGAGAUUGGACCAGAAGAUGGCUUAGUAAAUGAAAGAACCCCAAAAUUGUUCAAGAUGGUGAAAGACUAUGCUGAUACUCACUUCGGCUAUUACCAGCGGGGGAUGAGAGCAUUACAUACAGCACAAGCUUAAACCUAGGCCUUUCUGCACUGAUGGAAUGAAGUCCGCCUGCAGGAAAUUCAAAACUCGUUAUGUACCCUUGUCCCUUUCCUGAUUGUUUUCUCUGUUUUUAUGCAUAUGAAUUGUCCAAGACAGAGCACAAGAUAGUACGCUUAUAAGGUAAACCAUUAAACUACAAGCUCAGCUUGAUCAGAUGUCAACAUUUACCCCUGUUGUUCGAGUGAGAAAAGUUGCAUCAGCAUGAACAUAUAUUUGUUGGCUGUUCUUACAUUGCAGUUAAGUUGAAGUAUGUCAUCCAAUGCAAGUGUAUGUUACUGAUUAAUUAUCAGAAGGCUUGUGUUUGUUCAGCGAUAACACAGGGGAGGGUUCAUUAUCUAAUUUGUUGAAAUUCAGCUGUACCAUUUUAGCCUUA